AUGGCAUCGACUAAAGUUACCUUUGUGACCGGUACAGCUGAGGUUCGGAGGAGAGAUCGAAGUCACGACCCACAGGCGACCAUGCUCCAGACAGAGCAGCACUUCGUCACGGAGCCAAGCGCGCCCCUAGCGGUGGCUUAUGUGGAUGGAAAGUGUAGCUGUUGUCCCUAUGGUUACCACAUCGACCUUGACUUUCUCAACUUCUGCAGUGACCUGGAAAGAGGUUCAACCCUGAAAAACCUGAAAAAGAUUCAGCGCACUAAACGAAAUUUGAGAAAGUCCAUGGAAAUCAUGCUGAACGAACAAGAAGGUGUCAAGGCUGAUCCAAGCUCGGCUCCUCCAGAUAUCGUCAGGUCAACCGAAGCUGAGAGGCUGAUGCACAUGGUCAACUUUGAACAGUCAGCUACUGUCAACAUCCUUCGACAGAUUGAUACAUCGGUUAGAACAGACAUGGCCAGUUUUGAGAGUAGAGCGGCCUGGAGGAGUCCGGAUACAACAGAGGACGUAAGGAUUACUGGUUCACAUGAUCAACCCAUCUACCAGAACCCACCUGCUGUUGUUCUGACCCGUGCAGACUCUCUGAGUUCCUUGUCAUCAUGGUCAACAGUGUCAAGCGAGGCUGCCCUCCUGCACCAAGCUGAACUCAUUCAACAGCAGCAGCAACAGAAGCAGCAAUCUCUCCACAUUAGCAGAGCUGCUACCAAGGUAACGGUUUCUUCAUUCAAAGAGGCUGCAGACGUGAAUGAGACAUCUGUUCCAUCACUGAAAGAAGCCUUGGCUGACAGCCUUCAGCGGAUCAAACUUCUGGAGGAACAAAUCAAGACCAUUCCCAUUUUGCAGGUUCGAUUAUCAGUUCUUAAAGAGGAGAAGCGACUCUUAAAACUUCAGCUGAAAGCCAGCAAAUCUAGCACUGCACCACUUACCACCACUGUAGGAGUGGGAGAUGACAGUAUAGAUUUUACAGAAGAAACAAAUGAGACUGUGCCAUCUUCUAGAAUCUUCGGGUACUCUGCCCCUACAGUCAUUGCCACUUCUACACCCAGAAAGGACCUCAUGAUGAAAAGUCCACCUCCAACAUUACCUAAACCUGUGAAAAGCACAUCAGUGGCUAUUGGUAACCACAGUGUCCUUGAACCCUACAACCUUCAACCUGACCUCCCAACAGGUUACACAGUUCGAGAAAAUGAAUCAGCUUUUGAAAUAUGUUCUAAAACAAUGAUUGAAAAAGAAAGUUUAACUGUUGUGACAAGAACAAUUGGUGUAGGAGAUGCAAAUGUUUUUGAAGAUUCCAAGAUGCAAGUUCAUGAAAAGGAAUUAAGAACAGUUAUUUUUGGGCAAAAUAAAGCUGUUGCAAAAAGAAAUGUAGGUAUUGAGUGUCGUGUCGCGACAAGAGAUGUUGGAGUAUUGUUUAAAUGUGAUGAAGAGAAACCGGCAACAAGAACUAUUGGGGUUAAUGUGAAUUAUGAUACUAGUGGCAUUUUUACAUCAUUAGACUUUAAAGGAGAAAGAGAGUUAAGGGUAGCACUGCAAGGAGUCUUGCAUCGAAGUGUGCGGAGUGUGGGCACUACCUGCAGAAUGACAGAAGCUACUGCGGAGCUUGCUACAAUGACAGAUGCCAAUGUGGCUCUCUCUGUUGGUUGUGGUGAUGAGGAGCAGAGGGUGGAUGUGGAAAUAAGGCCUGCUGUUGUGAGAAAAUCUGUGGCAACCAGUUGCAAGCCUGAUAUUGGUCAUAAGUAUGUGAGCACGGAUGCAGACUGGAUUUUAGAUGCCAGUACCAACACCUACCAGGUCGAUUCAUUUGAUAAAGGACUGAUGACUGAUAAAGUCAAACAGGCUUUUGCUUCCACAAAUACUCAACCAGUCUUUACUCAUCAAGCUUCGAUUCAGACUGACCAGAAUGUCUUUGUUGGCUUGGAUCAGAUACGGCAUGCUUCUAGUAACACUGACAUUAUAACAAGCCAUUCCAGGGGAGUGUCGACUGACAUCGUCACUACACAUAAUGCAUUUGUCAAUACGUCAGAGAAGGUCUCAGAGCUUUUUCAGGAAGCAUUCAAAAAGGAAAGUGUUAAUAAUAUAGUAAGUGAAGAGUAUUUGCAAAGGAAAAUGGAUACUGAUAGAAAAACUUUAGAUCAAGUAAAAAAAGAAGCCGCACAGAAUUUAGGAGAAGAAAAAGAGACAAAACAAUCUGCUAUUUCAAGAAUGUCAGAUCAUGCAGUCCAGGAGAAAGUUACUCUUGAACAUUCAGAUCACGAAAGUUCAUUUCUCGGAAAGUCUGAAUAUAGCAAGAAAUCAUCAAAAUACGAUUAUGGCGACACUCAUUAUUCAAGCUUAGAAAUUUCCAGUCGUUCUGCUCCAGGAAGUCAAAGUCAUAUCAGCAGUAAGACAAGCAUGACUUCUGGCCAGGAAGAUUUGAAUAACAAUGCUUCCAGUCUUAAAACAGUUGAACCUGGCAAUACAGAUGAAAGGUUCUCAGAAACUGUUGUAGAACAUUUUAUACUAACUAAAGAUGGUAAAAAAUUAAUCUCAGAGGAAAAGAUCACUACCUCUUCAGCAGGAACUAACCGAAGUUUUAAACAAUUUACACAUGGUGAUGAUUGCGCAAUGGAAGCAGGUACUGGCAGCAUUGAGACGCCAAAUGGCCACAGCAGCGACAUUUAUGAAAGCCAAACUGGCAGCUGGAGCAAGACAAACUCUAGUAGUUAUAAUUCUGAUAAGACAAAUAGUUUCAAUUUGACAGACAGUAGCAACAUUAGUGUUGUCAGUGACCAGUAUCAAGAUGCAGACAAACGAGCCAAUACUUCAAAAGUCUUAGAUUCUCAUACACUAACUAGAAACUCCCUCUCCAGUUUUCAAUCUGAGAAAGCUACUGCUACAAUAGACACGACCAGAUUUUUAAAAGAUAAAGGCCAGAUAUGGUUAACUCUUUCUUCCUGUGUAAAAGAUGAGGGAAGUUUUGACAGUUUGGCUGCCAGUAACAGCGUGAGUACCAUGGAGGUGAUCAAGGUGGCAGCUAGUGAGAGCAGGGAGCUAACAAAGAGCAUUCAUACAAGUGAAUCUUCCAAGAGGAAACCAGUGCUGAAAUCCAUCAUGAAACACUCCCCAGAAACCCAGUGUGCCAGCACGAAGAAGGCAAUCACUUUUGCUGAGUCUGUCACAGGAGGGACAGGGUCAAGUUCUGAAGAGGAUAACAAUUCCUCGGAUGCCGAUUCAACGGACAGUUUUGAUGAAGGUUCCUACAAUGGCCAGGAGGUUGAGGUGAAAUAUUACAGCAAAGAGGAAGGAUUUCUGGGUGAGGACUCGCCUGGAGUUCAUGUAUUAGAUCAGAAUAUCCGUGAAAUUUAUGAGCUCUCUGAUGAAGUAAAGAAUGCCUGUUCAGUUGUGGGCACGUAUCUCACAGAUUCAACUUCCAUACAGACCAAACAACUGAAUGCCAGUCAAGAAAUCCUCCAGCAGGAGUGGUUUCAGCUGUCCAGCCACAAACUGUCGAGUGCCCACAAGGUGGAAGACUUCCUGUCCUCCGUGAAUGAGAUCUCCAGUAGGCUUCUAGAAUAUGUCAUUAAUGUGGCAGAUGCUAAUGGAAAUACAGCGAUCCAUUACUGCAUCUCCCACUGCAACUUUGACAUUGCCAGUCUGUUGCUAGACUCUAAGGUCUGCGAUACCAACAGACGGAACAAGGCAGGCUACACUCCCAUCAUGCUCGCUGGUCUAGCUACAGUCCAGGAUCAGCGACAGUAUGAAGUGAUCAGAAGAUUGCUGUCCCUUGGGGAGGUGAAUGCCAGAGCAACACAGACACAGCAGACGGCACUGAUGCUCGCUGCCAGUCAUGGCAGAACAGAAAUGGUGAAGCUUCUCAUCGAAGAAGGUGCAGAUGUUAACUUACAAGAUGAGGAUGGAUCGACAGCUCUGAUGUGUGCUUGCGAGCACGGUCACCUGGAGAUUGUGAACGUUCUCCUCACGCACCCUGGCAUAGAUGUCAAUCUCACAGACAGUGAGAAGAGCACAGCACUCACCAUCGCCAUGGAAACAGGUCACAAAAACAUUGGAGUGGUCUUGUACAAACAUCUCAACUUUCCCAAAGUUUCAUCGCCUUAA